AACGCUGCUUUUAAUGGCACACGGAAGUUAGGUUAUGUUUGGUUAAUUUGAUUUGUUUUGAAUUUUUUAUUCAUUGCCGAUUAGCCGUUAUAAAUCAUUACCGGAAUUUUCCACAGUUUCAGUGACGUUCUUCUGUUUGUUUUGAAUGAUGUUUAACAAGUGUGUCUUCACCACCUAUUAUAAUCCAAUUGAUCUCUACAAUUUGUGAUCCCCAGACAGUUGACAACCAGGCAUCGUUCCCUCUUAGCCCCAUCUUACAUGAUUUUAGAAAUUUCCCAGAGUCUGUAUCUCUGAUGCAGGUGUAUCAUGAACAAUAUUUCUCACGAUGAUGUCAAUAGCAGCUUCAAGAAUCCACUUGUGUUUUUAGAUAUAGUGAUCGGAGACGAAAAAGCUGGCAGGGUAAUAUGUGAAUUGUUUAAAGACAUCACUCCAAAAACAGCAGAAAAUUUCCGUGCUCUCUGCACCGGUGAACAAGGGAUUGGAGUCAAAGGAAAACCAUUGUGUUUUAAAGACACUAUCUUCCACAGAGCUGUUCCUGAGGCUUUGGUCCAAGGAGGGGAUAUCACAAACCAAAAUGGUACAGGUGGAGAGAGUAUUUAUGGUCCCUUUUUUGAUGAUGAGAACUUUGAUAUCAAGCACACAAAAGAGGGCUUGCUCAGCAUGGCCAACACUGGAAAGCCCAACACAAACAACUCUCAGUUUUUCGUGACAGUAGCACCCUGUCAACACCUUGAUGGGAAGAACGUUGUUUUUGGACAAAUCUUGAGUGGAUAUCAGAUCUUUCGCUGGAUCAGUAGAUUAGAAACUCAAGAUGAUAGGCCAACUGUUAAAUGUAAAAUUUCCAACUGCGGAGAAGUGGAUCCUCUUGGAAAUUGGGGAGUAGAAGAAGAUGAUGAAACGGAUGAUGUUUAUCCUCCAUGGCCGCAUGACUGUCAUCAGCUUUCUAAGUUAGAGGAAGAAGAACUGAAAACAAUUUUCAUGAGGAUAAAGGACUCUGGGACUUUUUAUUUCAAAGCAAAUAAUUUGGUUGAUGCUUACAGAAAGUACAAAAAAGCAUACCAGUAUCUCCUGUGGAUGGAAAAUAAACUCACCGAAAGUAACGAUCUCAAAGUUGUUUCCUUGCUUAAUCUGGCAGCUGUGGAAAUCAAAAUGAAAAAAUAUAAAGACUGUUUGUCUCACUGUGAUCAGGUGCUGAAGUUAGACGAAAAAAAUGCCAAAGCUCUGUUUCGAAGAGGACAGGCCCACGUCGGUCUGAACAAUUACCACUUAGGACUGAAAGACCUAAAAUCCGCUCAAAGACUGUUCCCCAAUGACAAAGGCAUCAAUUUAGAAAUAAGUAACGUGAAUGAAUUAAUUAGCAACUACUUAGCCAGAGAGAAAAGAGUCUACUCUAAAAUGUUUCAGUGAUAAUUCACAAUCGGUUUUUUGACUUUCAAUGAGCAGGCGUUUCAGUUAUAAUUGCACCAAGUGAAAUGAAAUCUAAUGUGUGGCCUUUUGAUAAGUUGUCCGUUCCUAGUAUUCUUUGUUUUCAAGUGAUGCUCCAUACUCCUGUUUUUUGAGGGUUCUGAAUCACCUGAGACUCUGUACCAUUUUAGCUGUAGGUCAAUUGUAUUUACGUUGAGGUCAGACUACUUGGAAACUGCUGAAAGAAACAUUUUUAAAUGAAAGAAAGAGUAAAUCAAGUCGCUCAAAAUUCUUUUAUGAUUUGACGCUGAGAGGGGUGAGCAAACCACUAAGUAAGGUACGAAAUUAAGCUCUGUAAUUUAUAUUUUCGUAUCAAAAUUUCAUUCAGAACAGUGUGGACUCGUCGAAAAUUGGCAAAUCUAUCUCAUUAGUAAAAAAUUACCCUUUCUUUUCUUUGUUAAUUCAAAUUUUCUGUUUACUUAAAAACUGAAGUCAAAUUAAGUCAAACCUAUUAUUUAGUAAAUUUUAGUGCCCUUAACGAUAACAAAUUCUUCCAGCAUACUGUUUUUUUUUUUUUUUUUUUUUUUUUUUGACAAUUUUUAAAGCAUCACAUACUGAAGGAUGCAGAAGAUUUCUGUGAUGCAAAAUUCUAGUUGAGUGUUUUAGCCUGUUUCCAUUGGCCUAGGUUCAAUUUGGUUGUAUUACAAGGAGGUAGUUUGAAAUUCAUGAUUUUAGUGUAGAAUAAAAUAAUUUCUCACUUAAAAAAGUCCAUUUGGACUUUUCAAACAUAUUCCACGAGUCCCGUUGGAAAUUAUGAUGUGGAAGCUUAUCCUACGCUGCUGUAAUUCAUAUCCUGUAUAGCGGUCUUUUGGGUGCGACAUUUGCUUUGGCUUAAAGCCCAGGGGAAAAGAAGGGUAAACAUGUAUGUAUUUUUAAAAAUCAAAAGGUGCUCCAUUGUGUUUGUACCAUAGUGUAGGUACUUGUUAUUUUACUGCCAAUUUAUGUCGUAGCCUUAUGAUGAUUAAUUUUUCUGUUGACUUAUCCUUUGUAUAUUUAUUCCGUAAGUGGUUCUGUAUAGUUUUGGAAAAAAAAUUAUUGAGGUUGGUUGCAAUACUAUGACGUAAUACAGGAAACUUUAACAUUGUAUUUUGUCAUCGUAAAUUCUCAUACAUUAGUACAUUCACCGGUCAGCUUUUGCAAAAAAAAACCAAGUGAUAUGGACUUGGAAGAAAAAAGAUAGGUUUGAAGUUGUGAAAAACUAAACUUCAAAUCAAACUAUUGCAAUGAAAAUAAUGUUUGCGAAAGGGCCCUGCGCAGAAAACAAAGGGAUUUGAUACUGGCUAAAUUUUGUUAUUAUUCAAUAUAAUUCUUGACAACCUCCUGAUCACGAUAAGCCUUCAAUCAUGAACUUUUUAGGCCUUGUCUCCACGGGAUGUUU